AUGUUUACCCUUGGCGGCUCGUCGGAGGAUGACGAAUCCUCAUUUGAACAGCGGGUACUGUCUGUCCGAGCACCUCCGCAGAGAAGCUCACUUUCCCAGAGUUUGAGCAAGCAGAAUCUGUCGGAACGCAAGAGUGAUCUCCCCCCAAAGAGAACUUCAUUCCGGGAUGUUGUUGCCGAGCGGAGAAUCCAGGAAGACGCCGAAAACGACGAGGGCGCCAUUGCAAGCAGUGAUGAAGAGGACGAUACUGACGAAGUUAUGGAAUCUGCCAUCGACGAGGACGAGGAAGACGGCGAUGACUGGGAAGAUUCGACUUCGGACGAUGGAAAGGUGGUUCAAGAACCUCAUCUGUUUCGCCGGGUGGACAGCCGCAGCGUCUUGCCAUCGCGGCGAUCCAUGUUGACUCUGGCCCUGAACAAAGGUCGAGCCGGCCUGGCCCACGCAUAUUCCCAGCCUGCUCUCCAUCGGUCUCGCCAAACCUCACCCCCACAAGGACCGUCAUUGGCCAAUUCGCCCGAGGAAGAGGACGGCAUGAUGAUGCAAACGUCGAAUCGGCCACCCAUCGCCAUUCCACCACCCAAGUCAUCCUCCAAACCUGUGGCCCAUUCACCACGAACGACGAGACGGAACAUGCUGUCGACGGAGCUGACCGAAUCUCUCCGGAAGAACCUCCUAUGGGAGAGACAACAGAAAUCUCAGACAGUCAACGCCUUCCUCAAGCGGAGCCGUAACGCCCAGUCAAUGGCCAAUCUCCCCUCAGCUGGUCAGGCUGCAGGUGGGCCAGGAGGCCAACCUCAAGCGCCGGCCGUGGACUUGUCCAAGGACGACUCGUGGACCUUUGACAACACUUGGGAAUAUCAUACCAAGGGCUGGUAG